AUGAGCCGGUACCGGAGCUGGCGUGGAGAGGCGACCCAUUCUUCGCAGAAAUUGGCAGAACAGCUCCAGAAGCAAGCGCCUGGUGCUACUUUGGAACAGAAAGACGGUGAGGAUGAGGUGCUUGACCUUGUUGAUGGAAAUGAGCCUGUACCGGAGCUGGCGUGGAGAGGCGACCCAUUCUUCGCAGGCGUGAACACAGCGUCGCGACCCAUUAUUCGCGACACUGCUGUGGUUUGGCCCGUCUCUGCGUACUUUCUUGGCAAGGUGAAGUUCUCGGCAACCCAUUGGCGUCGUUCUCGACAAGUGGUGGUGGUGGUGACUGGUGGUGGUGAUUGGUUGAUUGCAGUGGUGGUGAGUUUGGGAUUGGGUGUUUUUGUUGUUCCAUUCAAAUUGGCAGAACAGCUCCAGAAGCAAGCGCCUGGUGCUACUUUGGAACAGAAAGACGGUGAGGAUGAGGUGCUUGACCUUGUUGAUGGACUAUAUCUCUUCUUGGGAUCAUAUUUGAGCUCCAGCGAGGAUCCUGACAUUCACUUCAAGUACAUUGAGGCAGCUUCCAAGACCGGACAAAUUAUGUCAUCGACAAUUAUGUUCUUUCUACUGAGCACUUGA